AUGGCGCCAUCCGAACGGCGAGAUCCGGACACCGGGUGUACUGUCGAUGUGGUUGAGGGCACGCUAAGGUGGACCGAUACCUCGGAGAACGCUCGUCGGGUUGACCUGGGGGAUAUUGUGGGCGUGGUGCGCAACCCAGACCAAUCGCCCGGAUUCCGCGUGCUGUUUCUGGAGAGCGCCCAGGACGAGGGAGAGGGUAGCGGAACUCCUCGCCUUUCGAAAGUCGAUACUGUAUAUCUUCCUGCGGCCUUAUCCCCGUUGCUUGUGGACGUCCCCAGCCACCUCCAACGAGGGGAGCCCGUCCAGGUCGUGAUAUCAGCUCGAUCCGGCACGGGCACCGCGAAGGCUGUCUUCCAAGCUACAGUGGAGCCUUUUCUCCGACACCUCGCUCUUGAGUAUCGAAUCUUUGAAACGCAGUCGGCUCAGACCAUCCUCGAGCUUUCCCGAUCGCGCUUCCUGGAAAACGCUUGUGCGGGGAUUCCCCAGACCAUCCUACUGUUGUCCGGCGAUGGGGGCCUGGUUGAUAUUGUCGAUGUGUUCUACAAAUCAACGGAAACAGUCCAGGUGGCUCCGAACAUUUGCUUGAUUCCCUGUGGGACUGGAAAUGCCAUGGCCAGCUCCAUCGGACUACGAUCUGGCCCGGCCUCGGGCCUUGCAACCUUCCUUUGGGGUCAACCGUCUCCGGUCCCCAUCUUCGCCGCCAGCUUCUCCGCGGGGAGCCAGCUUGUCCUCGAUGAGGGCAGGCAGCGUGGCCCAAUCGACAUCAAGUCCGAUGCCCCGUACCCAACAAUCUACGGCGCGGUGGUAGCAAGCUGGGGCCUCCACGCUGCGCUGGUUGCCGACAGCGAUACAGCUGAGUAUCGAAAGUUCGGAUCGGAGAGGUUCAAGAUAGCCGCGAAAGAAUUACUCCACCCAUCCGAUGGCACUGCACCACAUCAUUUCCAGGGCCGGAUUACGUUGACGACGGCAAACAGUCAGACGGGGCUACACGACCAAGAGAUCAUCGAGGAGAACGAGCAUAUGUACGUGCUCGCCACGCUGGUUCCCCGCCUGGAGAAAGAGUUCCUCAUCUCUCCUGACUCGGAGCCUCUUGGUGGGCAGAUGAGGUUCCUUCGCUUCGGGCCCCUGUCUGCAGAGGAGGCGACGCGUCUCGUGAUGUUGGCGUAUCAGGAAGGGCAACAUGUGCACGAGGAUGUGGUGACAUAUCAAGAGAUAGAGCGGCUGCGCAUUGACUUCAACGAGGACCUGGAACGAUGGCGGCGUGUCUGUGUAGACGGGAAGAUUGUUGCCGUUGGCAAAGGUGGCUGGAUGGAGCUUUGUAAGGAGCCUCGACGGCUUUUGAAUAUCAUUAAGCCCUGCGAGUGA